CCUGCAAAUCUGUUCUGACUCCUGAGAAUAGUGCCGCCACUACACAACUUAACACGAUGAGCCCACCCUCCGUUGAUUUCUUCUUCUUGGUUUCUUCUUUGUAGGCGAUAAAGCACCUGUGCUACGGCUACCUUUCAAUUGUCUCCCCCCAGACGAGAAGCGAUAUUUCUUUUUUCCCCCUCGGAAUAUCGAAAAAUUGCUCCUUUUCUUUUUGGUGAUUUGUGAUUGCGUGGUGGAUUACUUUGUUUGCGUUUUGUGGGGAUGAAGAGGUUCGGAGAUGACGUUUACACUGACUCUUCUCAAUUCAAGCGGCCGUUUGGUUCUUCGGGUGGGCGUGGGGGCUCCGAUGGGCAAUCCCAUAUCCCAGGUGGUGAAGGAGGAGGAGGAGGAGGUACCUCGCUGAAACUGACAACCUUUGAUGCCUUAAACUAUCUCAAGAAAGUGAAGGCCGAGUUUCGAUACCAGAGGGAAAAAUAUGACGUGUUUCUUAAGCUCAUGCGAGAUUUUAAGGCUCAAAUGGUUGGUACUCAUCAUGUCAUAGCAACAGUGAAGAAACUAUUUAAAGGGCAUAACAACUUGAUUUCUGGGUUUAACACCUUCAUACCAAAGGGAUAUGAGAUAAUCCUUGAGGACGACGACAAAGCUCCUCCACCAAAUCAGACGGCUGAAUCUGAAGAAGCUAUCACCUUUGAGAACAAGAUAAAGGCUGAUUUGGAAGAAGCUAUCAGCUUUGAGAAGAAGAUAAAGGAACGCUUUCAAAAUGAUGUACCUGUUUAUAAAGCAUUCCUAGACAUUUUGGAUAGCUACAGGAAGGAGCACAAGGGCAUAAACGAGAUCUAUAGUGAGGUUACCAUACUUUUUGAUGGCCAUCCAGAUUUGCUUGAUAAGUUCAAAAGUUUUAUUCCAGAAUCUGCUCAUAAUGCUCCACAUCUCCAAGACUCAUUUCAGCCUUUAAAUGAGCAGAGCCAAAUGCAUAUGGACAAGGCUAGGAUCAUUCCUUCCAAUGCUGAUCGUGAUCUUAGUGUCGAUCAUCCUGAACUGGAAGAUGAAAAAAGCAAGGGUGAAAAUGCACAAUGAACAUAAUGAGUCAACUUCUGUCCCUUCUCUCUCCUUUUGAGCAGUUUUUGUGGUAUCUUACUUGUGUAAAUAUACAGACCAGCAGUGGACGCUAUGCAAUGCUCCAGAAGUUUUUUUUUUCCCAAAAGAGUAACGCUACACUACAAUUCACACAUUUAUUACACCUAUUUUAUGCCGGCUAAUGUGAUGUAUUUUAAU